AUCUAAUAAAAAAAAGUUUGGUUAAGUAAUCAACGUUUAGGUUAAGAUAGUAAUAAAUGUUAAUAAUUUGUGUAAUGAAUUAAUAAUUCAUAUAAAACAAGAUCGUAUUGAACCCAGAAAUGAGUUUAUUCCGUAUUAAUCCAAGUUUUCGCCCAAGAUUAUUCCAAUGUAGAAGUUUGGCUACAGCUUUGAGAAAUGAAGAGGAAUAUACAUCAACACCCCAAUACCCUCCAAUUCUCGACCUAUCUUUCAAAAAGAAACUGCAAAGAAAAAAAGAAGCGGUUCAUGAAGAAAUCAAAGGUGUUAAAACUAUCGAAGAAAAACAAAUUAAGCUGAAUAUGCCCAGAUACUAUGGGUUCAAAAGUUACCCACUUACAGAAAAUUACAGCCCUUAUGAUAAUUUAACACUUGCACAGCAUAUUACCAAAACGCAUCUAAUCGUUAACAAUAACCUACCAGAAUUUUAUAAGAAUAUUGAUGUUGACAAGCUAGUAACUGAAAUGAAGUCCGAGAUUGAGGAAGCGAUUCUUAUUGAGUUCGAUGGAUAUUUGAGGACACACGAUUUCAAAAAAGAAGACCUGAGUAAAACACAAAAAGAAGAUAUAAUCAGUUCAUCAGUAGCCACAAAAAUAAAUAGGAUACUUAUGAACAAGUUAGCUACAAAUCAUCCUCAUAUAGGAAAUGCACAGGUUGAUUAUGAUCCAAGGAUAGAAUCAACAUGGUAUGUUGGUGGAAUGAUCCCCCCAGAACAUAUUAAAAGCUGUCGAAGGGGUAUGGAAUGGAUGAAACCUUAUGAAAAUGAUCCUAUUGAUCGAGUGAUGGUUUAUUUUGGAUCACCAAGUUUGACACUAAGAUCUACCUUACCCCUACAGCCAAUUAUAUCACAGAGCGAAGCACAAAACACAGACUUGAAGGUUCCAUUUUUCAAGUUUGAUCCCGUAUCCGUUGGUAACUACACAGAUCAUAGGCAUAUUGCUAAUAUUCCAGGUUUUUGGCCAGGUGACCCUCACCAGUUCGGUAUGUUAUCAUAUCAUAAACGGGGAUACAUUUUCGAAAGGGAAAGAUAUCAAGAUGCCCAAGACGACAAAGAGGCUUUACAUAGGCAAGGAAUACUAGCCUCUUUUGGAUGGUUGCAAGCCCAAGCGAACUUCUUGGGUUUUAAUACUUUUAACGACAUAACUUAUCCUCUUGUCACCCAAACAAUUAUAACCAGUGGAAAAGUUUGGUCUUUUUAUACUUACCAAAUGAAUACUAUAGUUCUACACUCUGAUAACAUUACGGAAAACCCUACUAGAAAUGUUUGCUGGGCGACUGAGGAGAUGAAUCUUUUUGAAAAUAUUGAAAAUGACAAAAUUGUAGGAUUCAAUGAAAAUGUAUUAAGUCAUUUGCUCAAGUUUUACUGUAAUGCCCCAGAGAGUAGGCUUGGAAUCAAUUUAACACCCUAUUUGGAUAAUAAGGAAAAGUGCAUUGCUGAUUACGCAGAAGAUGAAAAAAGGGAAUGGUUAGAGAGAGAAUAUAAAUAUCUUGUUUCUAAUCGACCUAGAUUCAAACCUGUUUAUGAAAUUUACAGUUGGGAGAAAAUUUAUAAGAUUGACAAUAAAACACGGUUUAUGGACAAGAAGCUUAGACCAUUUGAAUUACUUCAGAACCCAUACAAAAGAAGAUUGGAUGACAGGCUAGCCAACUAUAUUCCUAGAAAACUUCGGCCAGAUUUGCCGAGAUGGAAAGGAAGAUAUGCUAAAGAAUAUUUCCCUUGAAGUAUUGAAUUGUUUUUCAUUAAAUCUUAGAAAAUGAAAA